CUGCUUCACAGAAAUCUGCAUUUCAACAAUAAUGAUGUCAGAAAUGAAAGAGGACAGCCUGGGUAUGAUCCCUUGUUCAAACUCAGGCCCCUACUAGACAUCAUAUUGCCUACAUACAGGGAAAACUACACACCUGGAUGCAGAAUAUAUUUCAAGCAGUACCUGCCAGCGAAGCCUACCAAGUGGGGAUUUAAACUAGAGAUUUAUACUGGUAAGGCAAAUAAUGAAGGUUGUGUCGGGACGACUUCCACACUGGUAAAACGCCUUCUUGAUGGAUACGAAUUUAAAGGUCAUAUUCUGUACUGUGACAGUUUUUAUUCAAGCCCAGCUUUAUUUCAAGAGCUAAAAGAAAUGCAGAUUGGUGCAUGUGGCACAGUGUCUGAAAGAAGGAAGCAUUUUCCUGAGAU